UUGAUGACUGUAAGGCAAAUACAAUUAAAGAGGGGCGAUAUUAACACAGUAAGGUAGCUCAAAGCCUCCAACUAACUCUUCCUCGUCUUCUCCGCCCCUCUGUUUCUUCCCUCUAUUUUCUCUCCUUCUCCCCCCAUUUCCUUCCUCUCACAGUCUUCAAAUUACUCCCUAACAGUCUUCACAUUUUGUCCCAAACACCACAAUGGCCUCUCUUUCUCCCUCUCCUCUUCUCUCCAAAACUACAAUUUCAUUCUCCUCCUCCGUCUCCACUUCACUCCCAUGGAAAUCCUUUCCCUCCUUCUCCGCAUACAAGCCUCAGUCUUGUCGACGAAGAAUCUACACCGUCCAAUCGAAAAUCCGUGAGAUCUUCAUGCCCGCUCUCAGCUCCACCAUGACCGAGGGCAAGAUUGUUUCUUGGAUCAAGUCCGAGGGUGACGUUCUUUCCAAAGGCGAAAGCGUCGUCGUAGUGGAGUCUGACAAGGCCGACAUGGACGUCGAGACUUUCUACGAUGGAAUUCUUGCCGCGAUUGUCGUUCCCGAAGGCGAGUCCGCUCCUGUUGGCGCGCCGAUUGGGAUUUUAGCCGAGACCGAGGAUGAAAUCGCUGAAGCCAAGGCUAAAGCCGCGUCGAAUGGUGCUACUUCAUCUCCACAAGCUGUUGCUCCCUCUCCUCCUCCUGCUACUUCCACUCCCGCUCCCGCCCCUGCUGUUUCACAACCCGAGCCCAAAGAACCGGCGGAGACAGUUGCGAGUGGGCCCAAAAAGAUUGUAGCCACGCCGUUCGCCAAGAAGUUAGCUAAGCAACACAAAGUGGAUAUUAAUUCGGUGGUUGGAACGGGGCCGUUUGGCAGAAUUACUCCGGAAGACGUGGAAAAGGCAGCAGGAAUUGAACCUUCUAAGAAUGUGGCACCUCCUACUGUAGCAGCUCCAGCUGCGGCUACUCCGCCGAAAAGUACGGCAGCUGCCCCUCCUCCACUUCCGGGUUCUAGUGUUGUGCCUUUUACGACAAUGCAGUCUGCCGUAUCGAAGAAUAUGAUUGAGAGUCUUUCAGUCCCCACUUUUCGUGUUGGAUACCCGAUAACUACUGAUGCCCUUGAUGCCCUUUAUGAGAAGGUGAAGCCAAAGGGUGUGACAAUGACUGCUCUGUUAGCCAAGGCUGCAGCAAUGGCUCUUGUUCAGCAUCCGGUUGUUAAUGCCACCUGUAAAGAUGGAAAGAGUUUUACUUACAAUAGUAAUAUCAACAUUGCGGUUGCUGUGGCUAUCAAUGGUGGCUUGAUAACACCUGUUCUUCAGGAUGCAGAUAAGUUGGAUCUGUAUUUGCUAUCUCAAAAAUGGAAAGAGCUUGUGGACAAAGCUCGAGCGAAGCAACUUCAGCCCCAUGAGUACAAUUCAGGGACUUUCACUCUGUCCAAUCUGGGCAUGUUUGGAGUGGACAGAUUUGAUGCUAUUCUUCCUCCUGGCCAGGGGGCUAUCAUGGCUGUGGGAGCAUCAAAGCCAACCGUGGUGGCUGAUAAAGAUGGUUUCUUCAGUGUGAAGAGUAAAAUGCUGGUAAAUGUAACAGCUGAUCACCGAAUUAUCUAUGGUGCUGACUUGGCAGCCUUCCUUCAAACCUUUUCAAAGAUCGUUGCAAACCCAGAUAGCCUGACAUUGUAGAUGGUCUCUGGGCUUUCGAUGUAGUGAAUCCGGCUGAUUAGAUCCUACAUUCUUCGGCGGGUGAUGGAACAAUGGUGCGUCUAUUAUUUAGCAAAGUGCCUUGCCAAGUGGUUUUGCAGUAGUCCCGGUGAGAAUGUGCUCGUGUUGCAUUUCAUCUUGUUUUGAUUUUUUAAGAUCUCAUAUACAAUAUCAGAUGUGUUGAGUUGAUUUUAAUUUAUAAUGAAGCAAUAAGAACUCUGAAGUUUCUGACAGAACCCAGUGAAAAUUGUUUUGUCCAAAAGGUCGUAAUUCGAAAUAUGUGGCUGUUUCAUUAAAUAAGUUGUGAGUUAUAUU